AUGAUUUCAUCAUAUGAGGAAAUUCGCCUAAAAAGAAUUGCAGAGAAUAAGAAAAAGCUAGAGGCUCUCAAUCUUCCAAAGCUCUUUCAAUCCCUUCACAAAACAUCUUUGUCUUCUUCCAAACCAUCACCGUCUGUGAAGGAUCGUCCGAGGUUUGUACAACCUGGAGAUCUUGAAGUAAACAAGAAGCGCCUACGUUCAACUACAACGCGCAAAUCAUCAUAA